AUGCUACCUGCAGAUAAACUAAAUGGAGAGAAUAAUGGAAUAAAGCAAAAAAAUUCAGAAUCCGGUGAACAAAAUAAUGGAUUAAUCAAUCAAGAAGACAUGGAAAAGCUGGAACUAGAGGAACAAACUAGUUCUGAAACUGAGGUUUUUGACUUAUCAAGAAAACACCCGGUAUCUGAUGAAGCCUCCCAUCAACACCUAAAUCAAAGCCACCCCACAAAUCUUUAUUGGCCAACUGAAAUCGUUACUGAAAUUCUCUCAAGGCUUCCAGUUAAAUCACUCUUGCGAUUCAAGUCUGUUUUAAAAUCUUGGAGUUCUUUGAUUUGUAGCCCUGAGUUUACCAAAUAUCAUCUAAGUUUAUCAGCUAAUAAUAACAAAGACUACACUAACCAUAGUGUUUUGUGGAGGAUAGCCCAACCAAAACUCAACCUUGAAGAAAGUCUUGUUAUGGAGGAAACUAACUUGGAUUAUCACAUGAAAAACUCUGGUAUAGCUUGUGUGAUUGAGGGUUCUGUAAAUGGAUUGAUUUGUCUUGUAAAUGAGGCAAAGGAAUUGUUUCGAUGGAACCCAGCAGUAACAAAGUAUAAGAAGUUGCCUGAUUUUAGUACUAAAUUGAAGGAUGAUGGUCAAUGCACAUUUGGUUUUGGAUAUGAUGAUAUUCAUAAUGAUUAUAAGCCUAAAGGACGAUUCUUGGCGAACAGUACAUUGUUCUCGGAGAGUGCCGCGGUUAAUUGGUUAAGGAAUUCUUUCCAACCUUACUUUGUCCGCUUUCACAAAAUGAACAAAGGAAACUACAAGAUCCAAGGCGGCAAAUAUUGUGAUUAUUGCAACUGUGCAAGUGAUGAUUUCUAUGAGUUCGAUUUUAUGUAUUCUGCAAAGGACAUAUAA